AUGCAUUUUGACGAACUUUGUUUGGUCACUUUCGCACCUAAAUCCAUCAUCGUCGCUUGGGUCGUGCCCGCUGGCUUUGAAGCCUUGUUAUCCACUCUAGUCAUCUACAAAUUUCUGCAAAACAUUCAAGAUCUCCCAGGACUAUCCACCCAACCAAUUUUAUAUGUCUUCACCCGAGAUGCAGUAUGGGCUUUCCUCUUAAUGCUGGCGAGUGCCAUUGUCACGGCUUUGAGUUAUACUGUCUUCCCGAGCGGGUUGUCCGGGAGCUUUUACUUUUGGAACAUCUCACUCUCCUCAUUUGCCGGCUCGCACGUUCUACUCAAUCUCCGUCAGGUGGGGGCAAAUGCAGGCGACCUCUCAUCCCCAUCCCUCUCGGAAUUAGACUUCGACAGAAUGCAUUUCGCUCCCCAAUAA